CGAGGCCGUGGCGCGCGCGGCCCGGGAGCGCCUGGAGGCGGCGGCGCCCGGGGCGCCCGGGGGCCUGGCCGGGCAGCUGGAGGCGCUGCGGGCGCGGCUGCUGGAGGAUAUGGCCGUGGUGCGGGGCCGCCUGGCGCCCGCCUACCCCGCCGGCCUGUGCGCCUUCAGCGUCUACCUGCGCGGCUACCACGGGGCCCUGGCCGAGUGGCUGGGGGCCUCCGCCCGGCGCAGGCUGCCGCUGGCCGACCGCUACGCGCUGCUGCAUUGGCACAACCAGGUGUACCCCAGGGAGGUCCUAGGGCUGGUGGACAUAGCCGCCCUGGAGAAUGGGGAGCUGGGGCCCCUUCUGUCACCCGGCACCCUGCGGGGUUUGGAGGAUGAAUGUGUCACAGAUGUUAAGGCUCAGACCCGGGCCGCUCUUCUCCGCGUGCUGCAGGAGGACGAGGAGCACUGGGGGAGCCUGGAGGACCAGCCCAGCAGCCUGGCCCAGGAUGUGUGUGAGCUGCUGGAAGAACACACAGAGCGAGCGCCCCGCAUCAGCCAGGAAUUUGGGGAGCGGAUGGCCCACUGCUGCCUGGGGGGGCUGGCAGAGUUCCUGCAGAGCUUCCAGCAGCGAGUGGAGCGAUUCCACGAGAACCCAGUAGUCCGGGAGCUGCUACCUGACACCUAUAUCAGCAAGACCAUCGCCCUGGUCAACUGCGGCCCCCCUCUGAGAGCUCUGGCCGAGCGCCUGGCCCGGGUGGGGCCCCCAGAAAGCGAGCCAGCCCGGGAAGCAUCUGCCAGUGCUCUGGACCACGUGACCCGGCUCUGCCACCGUGUCCUGGCCGACCUGCUGUUCCAGGAGCUACAGCCGCACUUCAACAAGCUGAUGCGCCGGAAGUGGCUGAGCAGCCCUGAGGCCCUGGAUGGCAUCGUGGGCACGCUGGGCGCCCAGGCCCUGGCUCUGCGCAGAAUGCAGGACGAGCCUUACCAGGCGUUGGUGGCUGAGCUGCACCGGCGGGCGCUGGUCGAGUACGUGCGGCCCCUGCUCCGUGGGCGCCUGCGCUGCAGCUCGGCGCGAACCCGCAGCCGCGUGGCCGGGAGGCUCCGGGAGGACGCGGCGCAGCUGCAGAGGCUGUUCCGGCGGCUGGAGUCCCAGGCCUCCUGGCUGGACGCCGUGGUGCCCCAUUUGGCUGAAGUCCUGCAGCUAGAGGACACGCCCAGCAUCCAGGUGGAGGUGGGAGUGCUGGUGCGCGACUACCCAGACAUCAGACGGAAGCACGUGGCAGCCCUCCUUGACAUCCGGGGCCUGCGGAACACAGCUGCCCGCCAGGAGAUCCUAGCCGUGGCCCGGGACCUGGAACUCUCUGAGGAAGGAGCAUUGUCACCCCCUCGGGACCGGGCCUUCUUUGCAGACAUCCCUGUGCCCCGCCCAUCUUUCUGUCUCGGCCUCCCUCUCCUCCUGGGCCGCCUCCCCCUCUCGCGGCUGGCCAGGCCCAGCUUGGCCUGUCUGCCUCGGCCGCGGCCCCCGACUCUUGUGCGGCCCCGGGCCCAGCGCUGAGGGUCACCCAGCUGCCUGCGUUGGUGACCCCAUCUGUGCUGCUGACAAGCCAGCCUCCUGCACGGCGCCCCUCCUGACUCCCUGCCUGGGACCACACACCCCUGGGAUAGAAAGACCCUCAGAUGUCUUCUCGCCCAACCCCAAACUCCCUGGACAGAAGGGAAACAGAGGCCAGGCACAGACGCUCACGCCUGUCAUCCCAAGACUUUGGGAGGCUGAGGCCAGAGGACUGCUUGAGCCCAAGAGUUCAAGACCAGCCUGGGCAACAUAGUGAGACCCCCCAUCUCUACAAAAAAGUUUAAAAUUAGCUGGGCACGGUGGUGUGUGCCUGUAGUCCCAGCUACUGGGGAGGCUGAGGCUGGAGGGUCACUUGAGUCCAGGAGUUCAAGUCUACAGUGAGCUAUGAUUAUGCCACUUCACUCCAGCCUGAGGCAGCAAAGCAAGACCCUUUCUCAAAAAAAAAAAAAAAAAAAAAAGGUGGGAGGAAAACAGAAGCCAGAGAGACAAAGGAUCUUCCCAAGGCCGUGAAGCCUGUUCCCGCAACUCCCCUCUUGCCAUAGCCCAGAGUGGUGAGUGUGUUCUGGAAGUCUCUACAGAAUUCCAGCACCGCCCCCCCCACCCCUUUCCCUCACCUCAAGGUCUGGCCCAAAUCCAAUGUAUUAAGGAACGUUCGAUACUUAGAAUAAAGAGGUUUCUAUUUAACACAA